AUGUCAAACUUUGUUAUAGCCCAGGGCAUUAUCGUCCUGAUCGGCGUCCUUGUUUAUUCUCUUUUCUUUCGCAAAAAGCGAGAGGCCCUUCUGCCUUUACCGCCUGGCCCAAAGCCAAUCCCCAUUCUCGGCAAUAUCAGGGACGGCCCACCCCCUGGAGUACCAGAGUUCGAGCACUGGGUUACUUUCAAAGACAAAUACGGUCCUAUAAACUCUCAACUCGGAACCAAGCACCUAGCGAGUCAAUACGUCGAUACUCAAGAUGUUGAGUCGAAGCGUUUUCUGCUACGGAUUUUGAUGGAUCCCCUCCAUCUAUUUAAACAUAUAAAAACACAGACGGCUUCUACUAUAUUGAAACUCACCUAUGGCUACUCAGCAGAGCUACACGGCCCAGAUCCCCUGACUGCUCUGAUUAACAAAGUUGUGGAUAACGCUUCCGCGAUUUUAAUUCCUUUUUCAUGGGCUGUUGAUCUUUUUCCAUUCCUCUCGUAUCUACCUGACUGGUUCCCAGGCUUUAAGCAAACUGCUCGCGAAUGGAGAGGGCUGCUUGAUGCUUCUGCUGACAUCCCUUACGCUUUCGCUAAGCAGCAAAUGGAAAAGGGCUCGUAUCAGCCAUCGUACAUAACCAAACUCAUCAGUUCCUUCAAGGAAGAAGGCAAAGAGAUUGAUGAAGAGUUUGAUGAAGCCAUUCGAUGGACAGCGGGAGUCAUGUUUGCCGGCGGGGCAGAUACUACAGUCUCGACUAUCAAAACAUUCUUGCUAGGCAUGGUCUUGAACCCCGACGUGCAGCGAAAAGCUCAAGAGGAAAUCGACAGAGUGGUGGGCACUCACCGUCUCCCCGAAGCCAGCGACGAGGAAAGCCUGCCCUACGUUGCAGGCGUGAUUAAAGAAGCACUUCGAACUUUCCCCGUCGUACCCAUGGGCCUGCCUCACGAAGCUGCGGAGGAUAUAAUCUUUCGAGGUUAUCGCAUUCCCAAAGGUUCAUUUUUACGCCCUUGUGUGUGGUGGUAUUUGCACGAUCCGAAAACAUACGCAAACCCUUCGAAAUUUGAUCCUGAGCGGUAUCUCGAACCUCGGAACGAGCCAGACCCCAUGGAGUCGUUUGGAUAUGGCCGGCGAAUAUGCCCUGGCAGAUUUCUCGCGCAUGAAGGUCUGUUCAUCACAAUCUCACGAUUAUUGGCGACCUUCACCAUAAGCAAAGCAAUGCAUGAGGGGAAGCCAGUUGAUUUCGAACCCAGACAUGUAACAGAUGGUGCGCUGGACCAUCCGGCAGAUUUCCCCUAUAGUAUUGCUCCGAGAAGCGAGAAGCAUGCGGAAAUGAUCCGAAGAGUAGAAGUAGAUCACCCGUGGGAUGGGGGCAGCGCGAGAGAUAUUCAAGGGAAUGCUAUAUUUGACAAGUUCAAGGCGGAGUGCGCCGCUGGAAUAAGCACCUACUGA